AUGCCUACAUAUGUAGUAGAUGGCAAGCUUGACAAAGCGGUAACCGAGUGUUGUUUUUGUGCAGUACUCGCGGGAGAGACCACGGAGGUCUCGAGUGUGCCUUCGCUCGCCGAACCCUCACCUACUAAACUUCCAAAGUGCGACCGUACGUUCGUGAGUCGCGGCGGCUUCAGCAACGGAACGUUCCACGCGCCCGAGCUGUUCAAUCCGAACAAUCAGAGCCGCCAGUGCCUAUACACGUUUCUCGCGGCGCCGGGCCAGCGAGUGCUGGUAGAGUUCCGAACCUUCGAUCUACGAGGGAAACCACCGGAUGGAGCGGCAGUCGGGGAGUUUCCAGCAUGCAUGCACGAGUACAUGGACAUCUAUUCGGAGAUGGCGUCACUGGAGGCCGUGGAGCUGGUCAACUCCGCCUUCGGUGGACGUUUUUGUGGACCGAUCCCACCACGCCGCCGCGUAUCCCUUCACCGAGCAGUCGCGCUCGCAUUUUUUACAGAUCAUACAUAUACGCCGCCCACGCUCUUCGCAGGAACCUACCGUUUCAUCAACGCUUCCGAGUUCGAGGUGGGUACACCAGUCCAGAACACUUUAUGCUCGUUCAUGAUCGAAGCGAGCAAACGCAAGACGGGGCUGUUGCUGUCGCCGACGUAUCCAGGAAUCUAUCCCAAAGACAUGACAUGCAACUAUCAGUUCGUGGGACAGGCCGGCCAGCGCAUUCGCCUCGAGUUCCGAGACUUCGACCUGUUCUUCGGCGGACCUCACUGCCCGUUCGACUGGGUGCGCGUGUACGACGGGCCCGACAACACGUCAGCCGUCAUCGGCACGUACUGCGGGCAGCAGCGCAACCUGGUGCUGUACUCCAGCGACGAGCGCCUGUUAGUCACCUUCUUUACUUUGCCGCGAUCGGCCAACACGCAGAACCGCGGUUUCAAGGGUAUCUUCGAGUUUUCAGAGAGUUUUGUUAAAUUAGAUUUUAUAAGUAAACAUGACGCCGAGCACAUUAGGGGCUCAGAGUGCGAUCAGAAAAUUCUUAGUAAAAAAGAAUCUACAGGAUUCGUGUACCAUCCAAAUUAUCCAUUCCCUUAUAUACAAAAAGUUGUUUGUAGAUAUUUUAUAUAUGGUAUGCAAGACUCACAAAAUUUGGAAAGAGUCCGAUUGGAGUUUCAGAACUUUUCUAUACCAAAAGGAGAGCCUGGGAAAGGAGAUCAAGCGAAAUCUGAGACGUGUCUAGAUGGUUACCUGAAAGUAUAUUUACGUGGUCAAGAAGCGACGGACUCAUACGACAAGCACGAUGCGGAAUUGUGUGGAGAAAGUUCUCCCGAUCCCCCGAUCUAUCCUCCACCUCUGUUGUCCGACGGGCCUAGAUUAGUCAUGGUGUUUAGUUCCGGCGAGCUGCAGGGUCGGGGGUUCAAAGCUAAAUAUACAUUUGAGACUGAAUACCGUGUACCGGGAACUGCCGCUCCAGGAGGUGAAUGCGCGUUCACAUAUCGUUCUGAAGCGAAAAAGCGAGGAGAUUUCAACUCUCCGCGCUACCCCUCCAACUACCCCUCGCGCACCAACUGCACGUACACCCUCGUGGCGACACCCAACGAACAAGUCACCGUUGUGUUCGAUCAUUUCAAAGUGAGAGCGGAUUCUUGGAAUGCCACUGCGGGAUUGUAUGGCGGCGCGACAUGCAGCGAGGACUGGGUGGAGGCGUGGUGGACGGGGCGCGAGGGCAGCCGCGUGCCGCUGGGGCGCUGGUGCGGGCCCGCCACGCCCGGCCCGCUGCAGUCGCCGCGCGGCGCGCUGGGGCUUCUCAUUGCGCUGCACACUGAUCAUGAUUCUGUGGCUUCAGGGUUUAAAGCGAGAUAUGUGUUCGAGCCGGCGAAGUCAAUAUUCGGUGACUGUGGCGGCAACGUGUCGGGGUCGUCGUGGGGCGCGGUGUCCUCCCCGCGCUACCCGCUGCCGUACGAGGCGCCGGCGCGCGGCGCCGCCUCGCGCGUCUGCAACUGGUUUAUCACCGCGCGCCCCGGACGGCGGUUGUUGAUCAAUUUUGAUCACUUUGCUGUUGAAGGACAUCUUACAGAACGUGGUUGCCCGGCUGCAGUACUACGCCUGUGGUACGAGAGUCCCGGACCGCCGCUAGAGCUGUGCGGUGAAAAGGCGCCUUCCGACCGCUGGCAGUACCUUUCGUCAUCUAACUCGAUUCGUCUCUCGUUCAUAAUAGCGGACAAGUCAGUGGGCGCGGGCGGGUGGCGCGCCGUGUGGACGGAGGUGACGGUGGGCGGCGGCGCCGACGACUGCCCCGCGGCGUGCGCCGGCGCCUGCCUGCCGCCGCGCGCCGCCUGCUCCGGCCUGCAGCACUGCGCGGGGCAGCCCCUCACCAAGCCUGCAUACUGCGAGAGUGCGGGUACGUCUCAAGGCAGCAAUGCAGUGUGGUGGGUGACGGGGUGCGCGGGCGGCGGCGUGCUGGCGCUAGCGGCGUGCUGGAGGCGCCGGCGACGCGCGCCGCGCCGCCCGCCGCCGCCGCCGCGCCCGCCGCCGCGCCUGGCCGCCCGCCUCGCCGCGCCCCCGGAUACGGUG